UUUUCGGGGGUGGAGGGAGGCGGGUGUGCGCUAGCUGCUGUUAGCUAGUUAUCCUGCUAACCCUGGACAGCUCCUGUGUACGGCGGGGUUAGCUUUGGACAAAGGACCAACGGAACGAGGAAAAUAUAAACAAUCUGACCGCAGUUUGUCGUGCGUGGGAGCAACAAACACAAAGGACCUGACAUGAUGUUUCCACAAUCAAGACACUCAGCCUCAUCGCAGCAGCUGAAAUUCACAACCUCUGACUCCUGUGACAGGAUCAAGGAUGAGUUCCAGUUUCUUCAAGCACAAUAUCACAGCUUGAAGCUUGAAUGUGACAAGUUGGCGAGUGAGAAGUCAGAGAUGCAGCGCCAUUAUAUCAUGUACUAUGAGAUGUCCUAUGGGCUCAAUAUUGAAAUGCACAAACAGGCUGAAAUAGUGAAAAGAUUGAACGGGAUCUGUGCACAGGUCCUCCCCUACCUGUCUCAGGAGCACCAGCAGCAGGUCCUAGCAGCCAUAGAGCGGGCCAAGCAGGUCACCCCUCCAGAGAUGAACUCCAUCAUAAGGCAGCAGCUCCAGGCUCACCAGCUGUCUCAGCUUCAGGGCCUGGCCUUGCCCAUGACCCCCCUGCCUCUGGGCCUGAGCCAGCCAACCCUCCCUGCCGUCACCACCUCCUCCGGUCUCUUCUCACUCUCCUCCCUGCUGGCCUCCCAAGCCCAGCUGGCUAAGGAGGAGAAGGCUUCUCGAGACGGCGUCGACAGCCACCGCGAGGAAGACGGAGACAAGUCUGAUUAGAUGGUGUGUCCCCCACUCAGCUCUUUGAUCACAGAGAACUGAAUACUCCAGAUCUGACCUCCUCCUUGGCCCCAUAGCCUCUCCUCUGGUCUCCAUCUCUUUUAUCUAAUCCAACACAGGUUUCUGUCUCCCCAACAAAGCUUCAGACCUCUAACCAGUCCCAGUGGUAGGAGAACUUUACCGCUCUGAUCUCUUCAUCUUUACAAUUUGAGAAAAGUUUUAAUUUGUCUCUUUUAGAUCUGAUUUCCUUUUUUAUUUUUA